CCAAUCAGCGCGGGCGGGGGCGGGCCUUUCCGCCGCCGCUGCUUUGUGGGCGCGGCGGCGCCAUGGAGUUCCCGGAGCACGGGCGGCAGGUGCUGCGCGGCCUGCGGGAGCAGCGCGGCCGCGGCUUCCUGUGCGACUGCAGCGUGCUGGUGGGCGGCGCCCAGUUCCGGGCCCACCGCGCCCUCCUGGCCGCCUGCAGCGCCUUCUUCCACAUGUGCUACGAGGAGCGGCUGGACAAGGGCGACCUGGUGCGCGUCAACGGCGAGAUCGUCACGCCGGCCGCCUUCGGGCUGCUGCUGGACUUCAUGUACGAGGGGCGCCUGGCCUUCGGCGACACCCCCGUGGAGGACGUGCUGGCGGCCGCCAGCUACCUGCACAUGAACGAUGUCGUCAAGGUCUGCAAGAAGCGGCUGCAGGCGCGGGCGCCCGCCGAGGCCGACAGCACCAAGCGGGAGGAGGCGGCGCCCGGCAGCCCCGCGCUGCCGCCCGGCGCCUCCAAGCCGCCGCCGCCAGGCGCUGAGGUGCCGCCGGGGAGCGGCCCGGCCCGGGCGGUGCCGCAGGGCGAGCGGGAGCGGCCGCCGGGCGCCCCCGAGCCGCCGGCGCCCACCGUGGACGCGGCCGACACCACGCAGCCCGGCAUGGAGGGCGACUCGCCCCGCGGCCCGCUGCCGGGGGGGCCGCCGCUGCCGGGGGGGCCGCCGCCGCCCGCGGACCCCUCCCUCUCCAGCCCCAGCAGCUCCACGGAGACGCUGCCGCCGCCCUUCCCGGCGCCGGGGCGCCCGGCCGAGCCGCCGGGCCCGGAGCCCUGGGCGCCCGGCGGCCUGGGCGGCUUCGGCGGCCGCCCGCGGGGCCCCGGCGCCGCCGUCAAGGUGGAGGCCAUCGUCAUCUCCGACGAGGAGCCGGAGCCGCCGGAGCCCGGCGCGGAGCCGCUCUUCGCCCGGCCGCCGGCCGAGGCGCCCGAGGAGGCGGCGGCCGAGGGCGGCUUCGCGCUGCCCUUCGCCGCGCUGCCGCCGCCCUUCGCCGCGCUGCCGCCGCCGCCGCCGCCGCCGCUGCGCGAGCCGCUCUUCCUGCCCAAGUUCGAGGCGGGCGGCGGCCUGGGGCUCUUCGCCGAGGACGUGCCCACGUGCCGCACCUGCGGCAAGACCUUCUCCUGCUCGUACACGCUGCGGCGCCACGCCACCGUGCACACGCGCGAGCGCCCCUACGAGUGCCGCUACUGCCUGCGCAGCUACACCCAGUCCGGGGACCUCUACCGCCACAUCCGCAAGGCGCACCACGACGGGCUGGCGGCCAAGCGCUGCAAGACGGACGCCGACAGCCCGCCCUAGCCGCGGGGGACGCCCGGACACCGGGACACGGGGACACCGGGACACGCGGGCACCCAGGACACUGGGACGCCAGGACACUGGGAUGCCAGGACACUGGGACACCCGGACACCUGGGAUACCCCGACGCUGGGACACCGGGACACGCAGACACCAGGACGCCCAGGACACCGGGAGACCCGGGUGCCAGGACACCCGGACACCCGGAUGCCUGGACAUCCAGACCCUGGGACACCCGGACAGCAGGACUCCCGGGACACCCGGACACGGGGACACUCGGACACGGGGACACCCGGGUGCCACCACACGGACACCGGACAGGGGCCGUCCCAGGGGUGGCAGCGGUGCGGGCCGGGCGCCAAAUGUACGGCGGUGACGUAGCUGCCCGUGACGCGGCUCUGCUGCCCGUGACGCGGCUGCCCGUGACGUAAUAAAGCGCCUCCGGUAACGGGGAGCAGACGGUG